CGCCCUCUCCUCUCCCCAUCCCAUACGCAACAAUGGCCUUUGAGACUGUGACAUCCAUCCCCCAGGAUGCCGACUACGACUUUGUCGUUGUCGGCGGCGGCACAGCCGGCUGUGUCAUUGCCUCGCGCCUCACCGAGUACCUGCCCAACAAAAAAGUCCUCCUAGUCGAGGCUGGCCCAAGCGACUUCAUGGACGACCGGGUCCUGCUCCUCAAGGACUGGCUCAAUCUGCUCGGCGGCGAGCUCGACUACGACUACGGCACCACUGAGCAGCCCAAUGGCAACUCGCACAUCCGACACUCGCGUGCAAAGGUCCUUGGCGGCUGCUCCUCGCACAACACACUCAUCUCCUUUAGGCCGUUUGAGUACGACUGCAGGCGGUGGGAGGCCCAGGGCUGCCGCGGCUGGAGCUUCAAGACGUUUAUGCGCGUGCUUGACAACCUCCGCAACACUGUCCAGCCCGUGCACGAGAAGCACCGCAACCAGCUCUGCCUCGACUGGGUCGAGUCGUGUUCUACCUCGAUGAACAUUCCCGUGAUCCACGACUUCAACCAUGAGAUCAAGACAAAGGGUGCCCUCGAGCCCUCUGUCGGCUUCUUCUCCGUCUCGUACAACCCCGACGACGGCCGCCGAAGCAGCGCUAGUGUAGCCUACAUUCACCCCAUCCUCCGCGGCGACGAGACUCGCGACAACCUGACUGUCCUCACCAACGCGUGGGUCAGCAAGAUCAAUGUCUCUGGCGACAAGGCCACUGGCGUCAGCCUCACCCUGCAGAACGGUGAGAAGCGCAUCAUCAGCCCAAAGUGCGAGACCAUUCUCUGUGCCGGUGCCGUCGACACUCCACGCCUGAUGCUCCUGUCUGGUCUCGGCCCCAAGCAACAGCUCUCUGACCUUGGCAUCCCCGUCGUCAAGGACUUGCCCGGUGUUGGCGAGAACCUGCUCGACCACCCAGAGAGUAUCAUUAUCUGGGAACUCAACAAGCCCGUCCCCGCGAACCAGACCACCCAAGACUCUGACGCGGGCAUCUUCCUGCGACGCGAGGCGCCCAACGCGGCUGGCGACGAUGGCGAGGUUGUUGACAUUAUGAUGCACUGCUACCAGAUUCCCUUUUGCCUGAACACUGCUCGUUUGGGCUACGACUCUCCUAUUGAUGCGUUCUGCAUGACACCCAACAUUCCCCGCCCCCGCUCUCGCGGCCGCCUCUACCUCACCUCUGCCGACCCCAAUGUCAAGCCUGCCCUUGACUUCCGCUACUUUACCGACCCCGAAGGCUACGACGCCGCCACCAUUGUCGCCGGUCUCAAGGCGGCGCGUGAAGUCGCCAAGCAAGCCCCCUUUUCCAACUGGAUCAAGCGCGAGGUUGCUCCUGGCCCCAAGAUUACCUCUGACGAGGAGCUUUCCGAGUACGGCCGCCGCGUGGCCCACACGGUGUACCACCCUGCCGGCACCACCAAGAUGGGCGACGUCAAGAAGGACGAAAAGGCGGUUGUCGACCCUGAACUCAAGGUCCGUGGCCUCCAGGGCGUCCGAAUUGCCGAUGCUGGUGUCUUCCCCGAGAUGCCCACCAUCAACCCCAUGUUGACUGUUUUGGGCAUUGGCGAGCGCGCAGCUGAGCUGAUUGCGCAAGAAUGGGGCUGGAAGGGUCUGGAGAAGGAGAAGUUGUAGGUUUUUUGUUGCGGUAAUUUUCACGAUUGUAUGAUGUAAGUUUGUUGUAAGAUUUGACAGUGGAUGCUGGCCAUGUCAUCACUUUGGACGCUGUCUCUACUGAUGCAAGAUAUCACGAAUAUAUUCUUCAUUUAUUUUCAGAGUUGAAGCAUCUUGUUCCCGCCAUGUUUAAUCAUCAAACUCGAAUAGUCGGACCAGUCCGUCAUUCUGUUUUUC